UUGCCGAAGAAUCGUCCUAACCAUGAAUGGAAGACCCUGUAAUAUUAACCACAGGGCGACAGGUACUCCCCAGGGCUCAGCCUUGAUCAGCGGACAACAGAUUCCCCCCAUCAUCAUCCAGACAGAAACACCAUGCCCGUCUUCAAACAGCGCAACACCAAGUCCCGCUACUGGAAUGCUGGCGACCAAUAUGCAUCCCAAACUGUUCCUGAACGGCUGCCAGCACCCUACAGUCACACCCCAAAACAGCAGUAUGCCCGAAAAUGCCAUCCAUUUACCAGCUUUAAGUCCCAGGAGGCAUGUGGCAACAAAACAUUCUUUUCAAGUACCCCAAACUUUGGGGCAUCCAACAAGCUUAUCUUCAAAACCAAAACACACGGAAUUUGGAGGCAUAUUUUCAAACAGCAGUGUAAAAGGUAGCUCUGGGUUUGGACCACAAUGCAAAGCAAUUGGGAAAAGCACCAGCAACAAUCUAGUGGUGAUGAGCAGUCCCAUGACUAUCCAGAGAGCGGGACCUCUAUCAAACCAGAGUAACCACAUCAAUCGCACUCUGUGUCGUCAGAUGCACCCAAAUCUAAACAUUCCUGCUUCAGAUACAAGAUCCAUUACCUCAGGUGGAUCACUAGGCUCAACUACACUAAGCCUUAUAGAAAGCCAAUCAACGUUGAAUGUGAAGCAAGAGUGGCCUCAUGGUUACCCAAUCCUUCCAUCACUCCCAUCAAACCAAGGUUCUCAGAACGGCAGUGAACUCGGGGAUGUGCUGAGUAUUCCACCUGGAACUGCCAUGUCAAAUAACAGCACUUCCAACUCUUUGCCAUCCUACCUGUUUGGGAAUGAGAACAGCUCUCGUAAUUCUGCCCGAUCUAACUCUGCCCGAUCAAGAAAAAGAGGUCUUUCCACCUCCCCUUUCUCGGACGGCGUUGGAAUCGACCUAAUUAUCCGUACAUCUCCCACGUCAUUGGUUGCCUACAUUAAUGGUUCCAGGGGCUCUCCAGCUGAUGCUUCCCCCCAGCCUGAAGUGUGUGGGCACUUCCUUGGAGUGAGAGGUAGCUGCAUCCCUCAGGCCUACAAUGCAUCAAGUAAAGAGCGUAAUCUCUUUACACUCACUGACAUUGAAGCAAGUAAUGGCGUGUACCAGAGGAUGCAACAGCUGGAGCAGUCUUCCAUGCACCCCAUGGUGAUGAACAACAUGGUUGUUCAACAGGGUAUCUCAGUGAUUGGUAAUCAGCAGUAUGACGUAUUCAAAAAUGAUCAACUGGAUGAAUUCUCGUCAGGCAUGCAAAUUCCUACACUGCCCCAGGGACCUCCACCACCUUACCAUGCCCACCAGCACCUCAUGCCCCAUUCCCAGCCACAUGGACAGCCCUCACCACAAGGGACACAGCUGGAUGAGGAUGGUGAGCCAUCGAGAGUGAAUGGAAAGCAUUGCUGUCGCUGGAUAGACUGCAGUGCAAUGUAUGAUGAACAGGAAGAGCUUGUACGGCAUAUCGAAAAAGCGCAUAUAGACCAACGUAAAGGAGAGGACUUUACUUGCUUCUGGGCUGGUUGUCCACGCCGAUAUAAGCCAUUUAAUGCUCGCUACAAGCUAUUGAUCCAUAUGAGAGUGCAUUCAGGAGAAAAGCCAAACAAGUGCACGUUUGAAGGCUGCAAUAAAGCUUUUUCAAGACUGGAAAACCUCAAGAUUCACCUACGAAGUCACACAGGGGAGAAACCUUACCUUUGUCAGCAUCCAGGAUGUCAAAAAGCUUUUAGCAACUCAAGUGACCGCGCCAAGCACCAGAGAACACAUCUAGAUACAAAACCUUAUGCAUGUCAGAUCCCAGGUUGCACUAAACGGUACACUGACCCAAGCUCUCUCCGAAAGCACGUGAAGGCACAUUCCACAAAAGAACAGCAGGCGAGAAAAAAGUUAAGAUCCAGCAAUGAGCCAGACCAGGAAAUGCUGAAUGACUGUCUUACUAUUCAACCAUUGCAGCCUGCAGCAUCACCACAAGAUGCUGUAGAUGGUACAAUGGGUCGAUCGCCUGGACCUCCUCAUGACGUGUAUUCAGGAAACCGUAGCAUUAUCAUUGUCAUCAUCAUUGUACCCUUCCAGGCAGUUUUCUUGAGCCAUUCAUUUCAUCAAUUUGCAUCCUCAGCUCCUUCUCCUCAUCACAUCAGUCCAAGAAGAAUUGCAGCACCUCCACCCUUAAUGCACAGAAGGACACCACAGCCACCUCAAGUUCAACAGUUCUCAGGGUCUCACCUCAAACCAUACCCACCAAUCACAGCUUCUUCUGCACAAUCAAGCAGUAUCCAUGUCCAAGGUUAUUAUGGCCAACUACAGACUUUCUACCCUCCUCAGUAUAGUGAAGCCUCUAGAAAUAUAUGCCAAGCUAGUCCUCGCAAUAUGGUGCCAUCAUUUGAAGACUGUCUACUCCCCACGACUGUGGGACAAGCUGGAUUUGAUGCCUUCCACAGAGCAUUGUCUGCUCAUCCCAAUUUUCCAGCUUAUGACUUUCAAGCAACUUCCCCUGGGAUUUUUGGUGACUCUGUACGCAAUUGUCCUGAGGACAGUAGCUUUCUCCAGAUUAAUGCAAUCGACCGUUGUCCCAGCCAGCUGUCUUCCAUUUACACGGAGGGUUGAGAUCAGAGAAAGGAACCACAUGGGGGAUGGAUGCUCCGAUAUGUCUUUGUUUUGAUUUGAACCAAUUCUUAAAACUUUGAUACUGAAUGACGCUUUUCUGUUGAAUUCAGACUCUACAUCCUUACCUCUCCCAGUUGAGAGAAGCACAAUGUUCACCUUUGGUUUCUCUUUGCACAUAAAGCCAGCAUCUGAGGGAGGCAAAAAUGUAAAACCCAAAAGCUGUGUAAGUUAUGCCAUUGAAGUGAAAUAUCCAGGGAAUCAAGGUACCGUCAAUCCCACCUUGGCCACAUCAUAACCUACUCCUGAAAAAGGAAAGGGAAUCAAGUUUUAUAUGGAUGGUCAUAUGUUGCUUUAUCGAACUCUUCUUUCACUUCAGCUGAUCUGGUAAUUUUCUUUCCUCAAACUUGAAAAUAAAAAAGAGAUGAGUUUUCACAACCAAUUUUAUUAAAUUGUACUUUCAAAGCUAAGGCCAGGAACAAUGGGAAUUGUGUCUGUUGGGCAUCCCAGCCACCUGCUUCUUUUCAUUGUGGAUGUGGAAUAAAUAGAUGGUAAUCUGAACAUUAAAAACAGCAAACUACUGAAACAGGUAACAUUGCAUGUGGAGACAAGCUUCCAGAACAGAUUUUUUUUUUUAUUUUACUAUCUUUUAUUUACACAUGUAUUACAUA